UGUUUGGCUGUUAAUAUGGCUUUCCUGCAAACAAUAUGUAAAUACAUAUGUACGUGAGACCGAGAAAAGUUGUUCCCCACGCUGUUGUAUGGAGCACGGCGUUAGUUAUAUAAAUACUAAGUAACUCAUGAUUGCAACUUUGUAGGUAGUUGCCAAUUGGAUGGAUCAGGUAGUUGCAAGUUGGAUGAAUCGACUGGAGGCAUUAGAGGGAGAUACACAGUUGGAACAAGUAAGAGUAUGCACUAAGAUAGGGAUAGAAUGUUUGGACUUGGACCCGAAGAACAGACCAGAUACAGAGGACAUAAUCGAUAGGCUUGAUAAAACAGGAAGUGUGGACUAUUCAGACAAAAUUGGUAUCAGCAGUUCAUCAGCUGAGCAGAGUCACAAGAAGGUUAAGCCUGCAGACCUUAUCCAAGAGGAUGAAAAGGUAAACUGGAGAUCAUUCAACAUUGAUGGUCUAAACAAGUUCACAGAGGCUGAGAUUAGAAGGAUCACUGACAACUAUAGCACUCUCAUUGGCAAAAGUGGCUUCGCAGAAGUUUACCGUGGUGUUCUUGAAGAUGGUAGUUCCGUUGCAGUCAAGAUUCCACUCCCAGAUAUGAAAGAACAUUUUGCUAAGGAAAUAAUCAUACAUUGCCAAAUCAACCACAAGAACGUUGUUAGGCUCUUGGGCUACUGUUCAGAGGAAAACGCUUUAAUGAUGAUCACCGAGUACAUCUCUGGAGGAAGCCUCAGAGAAGUUCUUGAUUGGAAAGACUAUCCCAUUUCUUUAGAUCAAAGGUUGGGUAUUGCUCUAGACAGUGCAGACUGCAGAGGCAUUAAGCUACAUGCAUUCUUCCAUGUGUCCACCAACCAUUCACGGUGAUAUCGCCCCUGGUAACAUCCUUUUAGAUGAUAACUUUGGUGCGAAAUUAUUUGACUUCGGGAUAUCCAGAAUGUUUUCCAAGGACAGCACUCAAUACACACUGAAUAUAAUAGGCAGAAUAGGUUACAUGGAUCCGUUGUAUGCUCAUAAUGGGUGCAUCAAUCCGAAGAGUGAUGUUUACAGUUUUGGGGUCGUUUUAGUAGAACUAGUCACCAGAAAAAAGGCAUAUGAAAACGGGAGCAUGGGCCUCAUAGGAACUUUCUCCCAAGCUGUUCAAAAAGGAAAGAAGGCAAGAGAGAUGUUCGAUGCUGAUAUAGCACAGUCGAGCAACAUUAAGGUUCUUGACAAGAUUGUAAAUCUAGCAGCUGAGUGCCUCAGAAUGGAGAUGAGCAAACGCCCUCAAAUGGAAGAUGUUGCAGAACGUCUUCGGAUGCUAAUAAAAGCUCGUUGCCAGCAGGGUCAAGAAAAAACUGCAGGUCACGGGACAUUGUGGGGAAAACAAGACAACAACACAACACAGAGCGAAAGGAUUUCCAGCUCUAACUCUGCCGUGUUCUUCAACUUGAACAGUUUGGGCAUCUUCAGUAGGAAUGCACACACAAAUUUCAAAAGGAAUGGAGGUCCAGUACUGCAGAAUGUCAAGGGACUAUACAUUUUCACAAAAAGUGAACUAAGAAAAAUCACCAACAGCUACUCAGAGUUUCUUUUAAUCGGAAGCUUUGGUAGAGUCUUCAAAGGAACCCUUCCUGACAACACCGCAGUGGCAGUUAUGUCCUCUGUCAAGGUUACUGAAGCUUUAAAGGAGCAGUUUAUCGAGCAAAUAGAGAUCCAGACACAUAUGAUGCACGUGAAUAUUCUCAAGCUCGUCGGUUGCUGCCUGGAGGUGGAUGUUCCAAUGUUGGUGUAUGAGUUUGCUGGCAAAGGAAGUCUUCAAGACAUCCUUCAUGGCAACAGCAGAAACCAAAAGCUCCCCUUAGACUUGCGUCUGGAUAUUGCAAUUGGAACUGCACGGGGCUUAACAUGUAUGCACUCCUAUGGAGAUCAAGCCAUACGGCAUGGUGAUAUCAAACCGGAAAACAUACUUCUGGAUGACAAGUUCGUACCAAAAAUCUUGGAUUUCGGGUUAUGGAAGCUGCUUAGAGAGGAAUAUUAUUUCGGCAAGAUUGUAGCCGGGGACAUGGCUUACGUUGACCCAACGUUCCUUAAAACGGGGCAACUGACAGAAAAAAGCGACGUCUACAUCUUUGGGGCGGUUCUCUUAGAACUCAUUACCAGGAAGCGAAGUGUAUACGACAAAUACUGUAGCCUCAUUUUGGAGUUCCGUAAAGUUUGUGAGAAAGAAAAGAGCGGUAGCGCAAUGUUGGACAAGGAGAUCGCAGCUGAAGAAGAAGAUAUCUAUUGCCUGGAAGAAAUUGGCAAGCUGGCAAUUGAGUGCCUAAAAGAAGAUGUAGAAGAUCGGCCCGACAUGGUGGCGGUAGUUGAGCGACUUGUAAUGCUUAAAAAGGAUAGGAUGCUUAAGAGUUAGGAACCGUAUCCAAGUAACUUGUAGUUGAUUUACUUGGCCACUUUCCUCUGCUCUCUGUAUAUCACUGUAGUACAUGUGAAUAGAAUGUAAAAUGUGAGGUCAACAUUAACCAGCUCUGUGCAAUUCUGCAUAA